AUGCCUUAUCAGUGGCGGCGGCGGCGGCAGCAGAAGCUGGAUGAGAAGGAAGAUCCCUGUGCCUGGCUCAAGGCAGGGGUCCGUGUAGAUUUAGACAUAUACCAAAGCUCUUACAUGGUGGACUACAAGCCUUAUGGAAAGCAAAAAUACUCGAGUGUCUCACCACAAGAGCAGGCAAAGCUUGACAGGCAACUCCGGAGCAAGGAGUUUUAUAAACCCAUCCUGCAUGUCAACCCCAGACUGCAGGACGGGUUCCCCGCCUUCCAGAGACCCCACAUGACCGCCAGGGACCUGGGGCUGCCCGGCUUCUUCCCACCCCAGGAUAACAUGGCCACAGCCGGAGGCCAGUGCUUGGCUGGCAGUGUCUGCCCCCUGGAAGGCAUGGCAUUGCCGGCCUUGACCAUGCCGAGACGCCUCGGCCCGAGGAUGGACCUGCGGGGCCUGCUGGACCCCACGUCCCUGCCCGGCCAGCAGGAGGACAAAGCCCUUCCCCUGCCGGGCAGCCUCGACCCGCACCACUGGACAAGCAAGGUCCCCUUACUGGAUCCGCUGGGACCAUCGAUGCCAUUUUACCAGUAG